AUGCUGGCCACGAUGACCCAAUACACCCCCCAUGUCUCCUCAUCGAACGGUUCCGAUUCUUCCAAUGCAACCCAAUACAUGCCAAACACCAGCGUGUAUAUGGGUCAAUUUCCCUGGCCCCAGCCUGCAUGCAUUCCUAAUUCAGGCGUCUACUAUCCGUACGGUAUGCUAGCUAAUGGGACGCAUAGUGUCCCUCUCCCAUACGCGCCCGUCGCACCUUCGCCUGGUGCGGGUGCUGGAGUGGCGCAUCACAUGUCUCAAGCGGGACAAAACGGUUACCAACCCCCUGCACUAGCCAAUGUCUCGUAUGCCACUCAUGUUGGUCCAUACCCACCACUGACUGCUGCUGCUGCUCCCUCACAAGACGCAUCCGCGCCACUCCUGUACCAUCAAUCCUUCCCAUCGACUUCUUUUUUAGGAGGCGCAAACCUUUACGCUGCACCCAUACCGCACCAGGGAUACUUCCACCAGCAUCACGGGCCUGGACUAGCAACGGGCUUUGCUUCCUCGUCUCUCCCUCAAGCACCAGGUUUUUCGGCCAGUCCAAAAUGCAUCGCGGAGGACAUAGACCGCCACAUCAAACAAAGCAAAAUAGUCCCCGGCGGGAUGAAGAACGACCCGUUAUUUACGCCUGUGUUAGACGAACUUGGUCAGCCCAAAGGGACAUUCGUGUGUUCUAGGGACGGCAUGAUACUCAAUCCUGAGAGCUAUCUGAGGCACGUCAGGACAAAAAAGCACCUAGGCUUCAAACUAGAGAAAUUCAAAUGCAAUAAUUGCUCCAAAACGUAUACGAGACGCGAUGCCUACAAGAGACAUUUCGUCAAUGGCAAGUGCGAACACUCGACAGCUGUGGGCGCUUCUCCAGGAUACUCAGCUAGUGAGAACUCCAUGAGUCCCGCUUCAGCUGCGCCUGUGACAGCACCUACCACGGCGUUCACGUGUUCUUACUCAUACCCCAUGCUCACCACGUCGAUGUCCCAGAACAUGCAGAUUGUAGCCCCAGCAGCUUAUGUUACGCAGUCGUGUGGAACGCCCACUGUCGUGAAUCCUGUUCUUUGCCUCUCUCAAUCAUCAGGGACUAGCAUGAUCGCAGAACCCGAAGAAGAAGACGACGACGACGCUGAGUUUUGGGAGGCUAAUGAGAUAAAGGGUAUCUAG